GGAUGAUGCCAGGAUGAUGUCUGCCUCGCGCCUGGCUGGGACUCUGAUCCCAGCCAUGGCCUUCCUCUCCUGCGUGAGACCAGAAAGCUGGGAGCCCUGCGUGGAGACUUGGCCCUAAACCACACAGAAGAGCUGGCAUGAAACCCAGAGCUUUCAGACUCCGGAGCCUCAGCCCUUCACCCCCUGAUUCCAUUGCUUCUUGCUAAAUGCUGCCAUUUUAUCAUGGAGGUGGUUCCUAAUAUUACUUAUCAAUGCAUGGAGCUGAAUUUCUACAAAAUCCCCGACAACCUCCCCUUCUCAACCAAGAACCUGGACCUGAGCUUUAAUCCCCUGAGGCAUUUAGGCAGCUAUAGCUUCUUCAGUUUCCCAGAACUGCAGGUGCUGGAUUUAUCCAGGUGUGAAAUCCAGACAAUUGAAGAUGGGGCAUAUCAGAGCCUAAGCCACCUCUCCACCUUAAUAUUGACAGGAAACCCCAUCCAGAGUUUAGCCCUGGGAGCCUUUUCUGGACUAUCAAGUUUACAGAAGCUGGUGGCUGUGGAGACAAAUCUAGCAUCUCUAGAGAACUUCCCCAUUGGACAUCUCAAAACUUUGAAAGAACUUAAUGUGGCUCACAAUCUUAUUCAAUCUUUCAAAUUACCUGAGUAUUUUUCUAAUCUGACCAAUCUAGAGUACUUGGACCUUUCCAGCAACAAGAUUCAAAGUAUUUAUUGCACAGACUUGCGGGUUCUACAUCAAAUGCCCCUACUCAAUCUCUCUUUAGACCUGUCCCUGAACCCUAUGACCUUUAUCCAACCAGGUGCAUUUAAAGAAAUUAGGCUUCAUAAGCUGACUUUGAGAAAUAAUUUUGAUAGUUUAAAUGUAAUGAAAACUUGUAUUCAAGGUCUGGCUGGUUUAGAAGUCCGUCGUUUGGUUCUGGGAGAAUUUAGAAAUGAAGGAAACUUGGAAAAGUUUGACAAAUCUGCUCUAGAGGGCCUGUGCAAUUUGACCAUUGAAGAAUUCCGAUUAGCAUACUUAGACUACUACCUCGAUGAUAUUAUUGACUUAUUUAAUUGUUUGACAAAUGUUUCUUCAUUUUCCCUGGUGAGUGUGACUAUUGAAAGGGUAAAAGACUUUUCUUAUAAUUUCGGAUGGCAACAUUUAGAAUUAGUUAACUGUAAAUUUGGACAGUUUCCCACAUUGAAACUCAAAUCUCUCAAAAGGCUUACUUUCACUUCCAACAAAGGUGGGAAUGCUUUUUCGGAAGUUGAUCUACCAAGCCUUGAGUUUCUAGAUCUCAGUAGAAAUGGCUUGAGUUUCAAAGGUUGCUGUUCUCAAAGUGAUUUUGGGACAACCAGCCUAAAGUAUUUAGAUCUGAGCUUCAAUGGUGUUAUUACCAUGAGUUCAAACUUCUUGGGCUUAGAACAACUAGAACAUCUGGAUUUCCAGCAUUCCAAUUUGAAACAAAUGAGUGAGUUUUCAGUAUUCCUAUCACUCAGAAACCUCAUUUACCUUGACAUUUCUCAUACUCACACCAGAGUUGCUUUCAAUGGCAUCUUCAAUGGCUUGUCCAGUCUCGAAGUCUUGAAAAUGGCUGGCAAUUCUUUCCAGGAAAACUUCCUUCCAGAUAUCUUCACAGAGCUGAGAAACUUGACCUUCCUGGACCUCUCUCAGUGUCAACUGGAGCAGUUGUCUCCAACAGCAUUUAACUCACUCUCCAGUCUUCAGGUACUAAAUAUGAGCCACAACAACUUCUUUUCAUUGGAUACGUUUCCUUAUAAGUGUCUGAACUCCCUCCGGGUUCUUGAUUACAGUCUCAAUCACAUAAUGACUUCCAAAAAACAGGAACUACAGCAUUUUCCAAGCAGUCUAGCUUUCUUAAAUCUUACUCAGAAUGACUUUGCUUGUACUUGUGAACACCAGAGUUUCCUGCAAUGGAUCAAGGACCAGAGGCAGCUCUUGGUGGAAGUUGAACGAAUGGAAUGUGCAACACCUUCAGAUAAGCAGGGCAUGCCUGUGCUGAGUUUGAAUAUCACCUGUCAGAUGAAUAAGACCAUCAUUGGUGUGUCGGUCCUCAGUGUGCUUGUAGUAUCUGUUGUAGCAGUUCUGGUCUAUAAGUUCUAUUUUCACCUGAUGCUUCUUGCUGGCUGCAUAAAGUAUGGUAGAGGUGAAAACGUCUAUGAUGCCUUUGUUAUCUACUCAAGCCAGGAUGAGGACUGGGUAAGGAAUGAGCUAGUAAAGAAUUUAGAAGAAGGGGUGCCUCCAUUUCAGCUCUGCCUUCACUACAGAGACUUUAUUCCCGGUGUGGCCAUUGCUGCCAACAUCAUCCAUGAAGGUUUCCAUAAAAGUCGAAAGGUGAUUGUUGUGGUGUCCCAGCACUUCAUCCAGAGCCGCUGGUGUAUCUUUGAAUAUGAGAUUGCUCAGACCUGGCAGUUUCUGAGCAGUCGUGCUGGUAUCAUCUUCAUUGUCCUGCAGAAGGUGGAGAAGACCCUGCUUAGGCAGCAGGUGGAGCUGUACCGCCUUCUCAGCAGGAACACUUACCUGGAGUGGGAGGACAGUGUCCUGGGGCGGCACAUCUUCUGGAGACGACUCAGAAAAGCCCUGCUGGAUGGUAAAUCAUGGAAUCCAGAAGGAACAGUGGGUACAGGAUGCAAUUGGCAGGAAGCAACAUCUAUCUGAAGAGGAAAAAUAAAAACCUCCUGAGGCAUUUCUUGCCCAGCUGGGUCCAACACUUGUUCAGUUAAUAAGUAUUAAAUGCUGCCACAUGUCAGGCCUUAUGCUAAGGGUGAGUAAUUCCAUGGUGCACUAGAUAUGCGGGGCUGCUAAUCUCAAGCAGUGCAGAGGGAAUAAAUGCUAGACUAAAAUACAGAGUCUUCCAGGUGGGCAUUUCAACCAACUCAGUCAAGGAACCCAUGACAAAGAAAGUCAUUUCAACUCUUACCUCAUCAAGUUGAAUAAAGACAGAGAAAGCAGAAAGAGACAUUGUUCUUUUCCUGAGUCUUUUGAAUGGAAAUUGUAUUAGGUUAUAGCCAUCAUAAAACCAUUUUGGUAGUUUUGACCGAACUGGGUGUUCACUUUUUCCUUUUUGAUUGAAUACAAUUUAAAUUCUACUUGAUGACUGCAGUCAUCAAGGGGCUCCUGAUGCAAGAUGCCCCUUCCAUUUUAAGUCUGUCUCCUUACAGAGGUUAAAGUCUAGUGGCUAAUUCCUAAGGAAACCUGAUUAACACAUGCUCACAACCAUCCUGGUCAUUCUCGAGCAUGUUCUAUUUUUUAACUAAUCACCCCUGAUAUAUUUUUAUUUUUAUAUAUCCAGUUUUCAUUUGUUUAUGUCUUGCCUAUAAGCCAAUAUCAUAAAUAAGGUUGUUCAAGACGUGCUUCAAAUAUCCAUAUUAACCACUAUUUUUCAAGGAAGUAUGGAAAAGUACACUCUGUCACUUUGUCACUCGAUGUCAUUCCAAAGUUAUUGCCUACUAAGUAAUGACUGUCAUGAAAGCAGCAUUGAAAUAAUUUGUUUAAAGGGGUCACUCUUUUAAACGGGGAGAAAAUUUCCGCUUCCUGGUCUUAUCAUGGACAAUUUGGGCUAGAGGCAGGAAGGAAGUGGGAUGACCUCAGGAGGUCACCUUUUCUUGAUUCUAGAAACAUAUGGGCUGAUAAACCCGGGGUGACCUCAUGAAAUGAGUUGCAGCAGAAGUUUAUUUUUUUCAGAACAAGUGAUGUUUGAUGGACCUCUGAAUCUCUUUAGGGAGACACAGAUGGCUGGGAUCCCUCCCCUGUACCCUUCUCACUGCCAGGAGAACUACGUGUGAAGGGAUUCAAGGCAGGGAGUAUACAUUGCCGGUUCCUGUUGGUAAAUGCUCCCUGACCACAUUUUGGGAAGAGUGGAUGUUAUCAUUGAGAAAACAAUGUGUCUGGAAUUAAUGGGGUUCUUAUAAAGAAGGUUCCCAGAAAAGAAUGUUCAUCCAGCCUCCUCAGAAACAGAACAUUCAAGAAAAGGACAAUCAGGAUGUCAUCAGGGAAAUGAAAAUAAAAACCACAAUGAGAUAUCACCUUAUACCAGGUAGAAUGGCUACUAUAAAAAAAUGAAGUGUCAUCAAGGAUAUAGAGAAAUUGGGACCCUUCUUCACUGCUGGAGGGAGUGGAAAAUGGUGUAGCCGUUAUGAAAAACAGUACGGAGGUUUCUCAAAAAUUAAAAAUAGAACUACUAUAUGAUCCAGCAAUCUCACUUCUGUAUAUAUACCCAAAAUAAUUGAAAUCAGAAUUUCAAGAAAAUAUUUACACUCCCAUGUUCAUUGUGGCACUCUUCACAAUCACUGUUUCCAAAGUUAUGGAAACAACCCAAAUUUCCAUUGAAAAAUAAAUGGACAAAGAAAAUGUGCAUAUACGUACAAUGGGAUAUUAUUCAGCCUAAAAAAAGGGAAAUCCUGUUAUUUAUGACAACAUGAAGAAACCCGGAGGCCAUUAUGCUAUGUAAAAUGAGCAAGUAACAGAAAGACAAAUACUGCCUGAUUUCAUUUAUAUGAGGUUCUAAAAUAGUCAAACUCAUAGAAGCAGAGAAUAGAACAGUGGUUCCUAGGGAAAAGGAGGAAGGGAGAAAUGAGGAAAUAGGGAGUUGUCUAAUUGGUAUAAAAUUAUAGUAUGCAAGAUGAAUUAGCCCUAAAGAUCAGCUGUAUAGCAGAGUUCCUAUAAUGAACAAUACUGUAUUAUGUGCUUAACAUUUUGUUAAGAGGGUACCUCUCAUGUUAAGUGUUCUUACCAUAUACAUAUACAUAUACACAAGGAAGCUUUUGGAGGUGAUGGAUAUAUUUAUUAUCUUGAUUGUGGUGAUGGUUUGACAGGUAUGUGACUAUGUCUAAACCCAUCAAAUUGUAUACAUUAAAUAUAUGCAGUUUUAUAAUAUCAAUUAUGUCUGAAUGAAGCUAUAAAAAAGAAAAGACAACAAAAUUCAGUUGUCAAAACUGGAAAUAUGACCACAGUCAGAAAUGUUUGUUACUGAGUGUUUCAGAGUGUGUUUGGUUUGAGCAGGUCUAGGGUGAUUGAACAUCCCUGGGUGUGUUUCCAUGUCUCAUGUACUAGUGAAAGUAGAUGUGUGCAUUUGUGCACAUAUCCCUAUGUAUCGCUAUCAGGGCUGUGUGUAUUUGAAAGUGUGUGUGUCCGCAUGAUCAUAUCUGUAUAGAAGAGAGUGAGAUUAUAUUUCUUGAAGAAUACAUCCAUUUGAAGUGGAUGUCUAUGGCUGUUUGAGAUGAGUUCUCUACUCUUGUGCUUGUACAGUAGUCUCCCCUUAUCCCUUAUGCUUGGUGGAUACAUUCUUAGACCCCAAGUAGAUCUCUGAGACUGCAGAUGGUACCAAACCUCAUAUAUGCAAUAUUUUUUCCUAUACAUAAAUACCUAAGAUAAAGUUCAUCUUCUGAAUUAGGCACAGUAAGAGAUUAACAAUAACUAACAAUAAAAUUGAAUAGUUAUAGUAAUAUAUUGUAAUAAACGUUACAUGAAUGUGA